AUGGUCAGAGAAACAGGACUUUAUGAUCUAUUGGGUGUUCAGCCCAGCGCAUCGGAUGCAGACAUCAAGAAGGCAUACAGAAAGAUGGCCUUGAAAUAUCAUCCAGACAAGCCAACAGGAGACACGGAAAAGUUUAAGCAGGUCUCUGAGGCGUUUCAGAUUUUGUCAGACAAGGAGAAGAGAGAAGUUUACGACCAGUACGGGUUAGAAGCUGCCCGGGGGAAUGCUCCAGCAGGGAAUCCGUUUGGCGGAGCUGGCGGCGGUGGUGGUGGAGCCGGCGGCAAUCCAUUCGGAGGGAACGGAACAUUCAGGUUCAGUACUAAUGGCGGUGGCGGCCAUGCCUUCUCUCAGGACGAUGCAUUCAACAUUUUCAACCAGUUUGGAGGAUUUGAAGAUCUCUUUGGAGGCAGUAUGGGUGGAGGCAUGGGUGGAGGCAUGGGUGGAGGCAUGGGUGGAGGCAUGCCAGGCGGUAUGGGAGGCAUGGGAGGCAUGGGAAGUGGCAUGGGCGGCAGAGGCGGAGGAGCGUCGUCUGCACGCCGCCGGGAGCCUGAAGUUGUUGAUUUGAAGGUGCCCGUGUCUCUGGAGGAGCUGUACAAUGGCGGAGUGAAGAAGUUGAAGAUCAACAGAAAGGGUCCUAGUGGGUCCAACGAGGCCAAGAUGAUUGAGAUCAACAUCAAGCCCGGAUGGAAGGCUGGCACGAAAAUCACGUACCCUAAUGAGGGUGAUUACAAGGACGGCCAAAGACAGACAUUACGUUUAAUUCUCUCUGAGAAGCCACACUCCACAUUCACGAGAGAUGACAACGACCUCAAGACUGUUGUGCGUCUCACGUUCAAGGAGUCACUUUUAGGGUUCCGCAGAGAGUUGACCACUAUGAGCGGACGGAAACUACACUUGCAGAGAACCACUCCAACUAGACCGGGAUCCACAGAAUCUUUCCCCGGCCAAGGUAUGCCAAUUGCCAAACAGCCAGGUGCCCAUGGCAACCUUAUAGUUGAGUAUGCCGUGGACUAUCCUUCGGUGCUAACUCCUGCACAGAAGGCUGCUAUUGAAGGCAGUUUCUAG